UUCUCCGCCCUCGUGUAGGCCAGGGGCUGCGGGGAUCGAGAGAGGCUUGGCUUGUCCGUCGCUGGGCCCUCCGCUCUCCCGGGGGUCCGGAGGUCGAGAGGAAGCGGCCUGGCGGCUGGGCAGAAAGGACACUCGGACGCCUUCCCCGGGGACCCAGCGCGCGUGUCUGCCCGCUGCGCACGCCCACUUGGCCACCCGCUCUGGUUACAGAAUUCAGUUACAAUGGGGAAUGUUUUUGAAAAACUGUUUAAAAGUCUAUUUGGGAAAAAAGAGAUGCGGAUUCUAAUGGUGGGUUUGGAUGCCGCUGGAAAAACCACCAUCUUGUAUAAAUUGAAGCUGGGAGAGAUUGUGACUACCAUCCCUACGAUAGCUGGCCUUUCUAAGUGGAAGCAUCUCUCCGUACCAAGUUUCAAUGUGGAGACGGUAGAAUAUAAAAACAUCAGCUUCACAGUCUGGGAUGUUGGUGGCCAGGACAAAAUCAGACCUUUGUGGCGACAUUAUUUCCAGAACACACAAGGUCUGAUUUUUGUGGUCGACAGUAACGACAGAGAGCGGGUCAAUGAAGCCCGAGAAGAACUAACCAGAAUGUUAGCCGAAGAUGAGCUCAGAGAUGCAGUUUUAUUGGUGUUUGUAAAUAAACAGGAUCUUCCCAACGCUAUGAACGCAGCAGAGAUAACGGACAAGCUUGGCUUACAUUCCCUCCGCCAGAGAAACUGGUACAUUCAGGCUACCUGUGCCACCAGUGGAGAUGGGCUUUACGAAGGCCUGGACUGGCUCUCCAACCAGCUCAAAACCCAGAAGUGACGGGAAGGGCUGCGUUCCCUGUGCGUCGUGGCAAAGUCAGCUGGCCUCUGCUGUGUGCGUGUGUGCGUGGGAGGAGCUGAGUGUGGGUGCGUGGCCGGGCGUGGGAGCAGCUUUCUCACAUGGUGCCUUAUACGCCCUCUAAGGAAACCAGUCCUACAUGGUACAAACAAGCAGUGUUACAUUUUAUAUGCUACCUUCUAUUUCCAUAGCUUUGGUGAUCAGUUUUGCAGUCGACGGAGGAGUCCCGGGGGUUCCCUGGUGCCCGAUAGCCAGCGUGGUCUUUGUGGUGGGAAGAAGGGGGAGGGUGAGCCGUGGACUGACUUCCUUGGUGUGGUUCUAGUCCAGGUCUGGGGUCCCUGCACACCUGGGGAUCCUGUUAGACUUGGCAUCCUUUCGUAAAAAGGAAGGAACUGUCAUUCUUUCCCAUCACUGCCAGAGCUAGCAGCUCACUUUUCAGUGCUUUAAAGCAAAUGAUCCUCAAAGACAAAAAGGCCCUUGCUUAACCACAGAUGUUAAGUUGUUAAGAUGUUAAGAUCUGAGCUUAAGUUAUUUUCUAGCCCAGACACCCUGGUUUAAUGUACUUCAUUGGGAGGAAUCAGUGAUCUUUUUUCAUUAGAAAAAACCCCCGUAAC